GCGGAAGUUCAGAGGUCAUGCUAACGGAAGGCAGGAUCCUCAUGGAUUCCGCUGUAAACAGUGAGUGUGUGUCGUGUUUUCUGUGUUCGCGCUCGAUCUGAUCGGAUGUGGCUCUAGCUGUGUCGCUUUGACUCGACUGGAGCUGUGUGGAUGCCGUGACUGGUGAUAUUUACAGUCUCUCGGGCCAACGAAAAGCGCUGAAGAUGAUGGUGUCCAUCAGAGGCCUGUGUUUCCUCCUCACUCUGUUCCUGGGCAGUUUCUUCGGCAGUGUGUUCAUGUUGGGUCCGUUUCUGCCGCUCAUGCUGCUCUCGCCCGCCUGGUACCGCUGGGUCACCGACCGCAUCGUGGCCACCUGGCUCACCCUCCCAGUGGCGCUGCUGGAGCUGGUGUUCGGGGUGAAGGUGGUGAUCACGGGCGACGGCUUCGUUCCGGGCGAGCGCAGCGUCAUCAUCAUGAACCACCGCACGCGUCUGGACUGGAUGUUCCUGUGGUGCUGUCUGCUGCGCUACAGCUUCCUGCGUCUGGAGAAGAUCUGCCUCAAAGCGGCGCUGAAGGCUGUGCCCGGCUUCGGCUGGGCCAUGCAGGUGGCCUCCUUCAUCUUCAUCCGGCGGCGCUGGGAGGAAGACCGCAGUCACAUGGCCAACAUGCUGCAGUACUUCUGCCACAUCAAGGAGCCGCUGCAGCUGCUGCUGUUCCCCGAGGGCACCGACCUCACCGAAAACACGCGCGCCAGGAGUGACGAGUUCGCAGAGAAAAAUGGCCUUCCAAAGUACGAGUACGUUCUUCACCCUCGCACCACCGGCUUCACCUUCAUCGUCAACACGCUGCGGAAAGGUGAUAACCUGGACGCCGUUCAUGAUAUAACGGUGGCGUAUCCUCAGAACAUCCCUCAGACGGAGCGCCACCUGCUUCUGGGUCUGUUCCCGCGCGAGAUCCACUUCCACGUGCGGCGGUUCCCUGUGGCGUGUCUGCCCUCGAGCGAGGAGCAGCUUCAGCGCUGGUGUCAGGAGCGCUGGCGAGAGAAAGAGCAGCGUCUGUGUGACUUCUAUCGCUCCGAGCCGCGCCGCUUCGACGAGCCCGAGGCCCGUGUGCCGCCCUGUAAGAGUGAGCUGAGAGUGACGCUGAUCAAAGCCUCCUCGCUGCUGUACUGGAGCGCCUUCAUCACGCUCUGCUGCGCCGGCCUGUGGCUCUCCACCCCCCUCAGACUCUACUUCCUGCUGAUGGUGAUCUUCUUCCUGGGGCAGCAGCGGCUGACGGGCGGCGUGGAGAUGAUGGAGCUGGCGUGUCACCGGCGCUGGAAGGUGAAGGAGGAGUGAGAGCUGUGUGUGAAGCGCUUGUGUGUGUAAACCGCAGCGGUCACAGCGCCUCCUGCUGGAGGACAGGAUGAAGCGCAGCCUGCAGGAGCCACACUUGAGAACAGACACCUCACAAACACAGCGGCUCGUCCACUCAGCGUUCAUCACUGUGCAGACACGAAUGUCGUUCCUCGCAUCUUUCCUCCUACUCUUUCAGGUCUUUGUGUUUCUCAAAUGUUUUACUGGCUCAAAUCCAAACCAGUUACAGCCAUAUUUUAAAGAAUUAUGAUAUUUUAUUUGUUUUCUUUAGUGUAUUUAUGUUCUGUAGUGACGGAACACAGCCAUAGCACAUUAGCUUUGAUAAAUAAUGUCAUAAAGGAAGAUCCCCAGCGUCUUGACACUCAUCUGCUGACGUUCAUCAUGUUUUCUCAUGCAUGGCUGCAGUUAAUGUGACCGAAACACAGCGAUGAAGCAGAACUUCAGCUGGAAUCAACAUGUGACGUUCUCAGACAAUCCUCAUAUGAAUCAGGGCUGAGUGACCCUUCUGACCUUUGACCUGUCACGGUGUCUCUGGUCACUGGUGAUGUGAGCGCUGCUGUCUGAACUGGUUCUGACCGGCUCACUGUGACCAGAUCUGUGUCUGUAUUCACACGCGUGUUCCUCCUCAUGUACAUGUCACUAUCACUCAGGUAUAUUCAGUCACUGUAACUAACCACUGCUGAGCAGAUCUAUCAUCAAUACGCCAAUAAAUCCAAACCUGUGUUCCUUUAA